AUGGGGCGCCAGCAGACUCUCGGGAAAUUCUUUGAGAUGCCCAAAUCCAUGAAACCAGCACCGCCCCAACAGUCAAGUUUGACGGAGAUGUGGGGCAAGAAACGCGACGUGAGCACGAAGAGCGCGCCCAAGAAGGAAGAGGACGCGAUGGAGGUAGAUUUGAAACAAGAGGCACAAGCUGGACCGUCUAAGCGCAAGGAGAGCGCGUUAGAAACUAAGAACUCCCCAAAGGUGAAGAAACGAAGGAUAAUUGAGUCAUCGGAUGAGGAAGAUGAAGUAGCGAGCAGAGCGAGUCAGUCGAUUGCAACCAGUUCCAGACAUGUCACACCUGAACCUUCGGAAGCCGCAUCCUCCUCCCCUGUGAAGAAACACGUCGAGGGCUCACGUGCAGUCAAGCCACCUCAUAGUGACAUCGACGAGGAGUCAAUAGCAGCAAGCGAACCGGAGGCGGACGAAGAUAGGGAUGAUGUGUUACUGGAGGACGACGAGGAACUCAACCCUGUGGGAGGUACCGAAUCUAAAAGCGCUCGCGCAGCACUCUUGAAGAAGGAUGAAGUCGACAUCAAGGGCGGUUGGAAGGUGGGACAACCUGUACCUUAUGCCGCCCUGGCCAAGACCUUCUCCCUAAUCGAGGCUACAACAAAGCGGCUGGAGAAGAAUGCAAUCCUCACGGCAUUCUUGCUCCUCGUCAUCCAGAGGAGUGCCAAGGACGACCACAAGUCGCUCCUCCAAGCUGUUUAUCUGUGCAUCAACAGAUUGAGCCCUGACUAUGUCGGCAUUGAACUAGGUAUCGGCGAGAGCUUGCUCAUCAAGGCCAUCGCUGAAUCCACGGGUCGGAGUCUUGCUGUCAUUAAGGCUGAUCUUAAGAAGGAAGGAGACCUGGGCUUGGUGGCCAUGAAUUCAAAGAAUAGCCAAAAGACGCUGUUCAAACCUAAACCGCUUACUUUACCCUUCGUUUUCACGCAACUCAAAGAUAUCGCAUUGACUACUGGUAAUGCAUCUCAGGCAAAGAAAGUUGCCUUGAGGGCAAACUUCGCAUUGGAACGCAGAGCGAUCUGUACUGGUUUCUCUCGCACUGCUGCUGUCUUGGCUGAACGAGAACGAGCGGACAAGAAAUGGAGCCAAGAUAAGCUGACUGCCCGCCUCGAGGAGGGCGCAGAGAUCAUGAAGGCAGUUUAUAGCGAAUUGCCGUCCUAUGAUAGUGUCGUCCCUGCACUUCUUGAGGGUGGUAUCAAAGGGUUGAGGGAAAGAUGUAAACUCACCCCUGGCAUCCCUUUGAAGCCGAUGUUGGCCAAACCCACAAAGGCCAUUGGCGAAGUCUUGGAUCGCUUCGAGAAUAAGCGAUUCACUUGUGAAUACAAAUAUGACGGAGAGCGAGCUCAGAUCCAUCGUCUUGAUGAUGGCACCGUUGGUGUAUUCAGUCGAAACUCUGAAGAUAUGAGUAAGAAGUACCCCGACUUGGUCGAUCAACUGUCAAAGUGUAUCAAGAAAAACACGAAAUCCUUCGUACUGGAUUCUGAGGCAGUCGCCAUCGACCGCACGACAGGCAAACUCAUGCCCUUCCAAGAACUGAGCCGGCGGAAACGCAAAGAUGUCAAGGUCGAGGACAUCCAAGUGCGAGUGUGCAUAUUCGCUUUCGAUUUACUGUACCUGAACGGCGAGCCCCUCAUUAACAAGCCUCUCGUUGAACGUCGAGACCUUCUUCGAAAACACUUCCAAGUUGUGCCUGGAGAGUUCGACUUUGCCAAGUCCUCUGACGGCGAAAGUACAGACGAGAUUCAGACUUUCCUUGAGGAAAGUGUGAAGGAUGGGUGUGAAGGUUUGAUGGUGAAGAUGUUGGAAUCUGACGCGAGUAACUAUGAGCCCAGUCGGCGCAGUGUUAACUGGCUGAAGCUGAAAAAGGAUUACCUCGCUGGUGUGGGUGACUCCCUCGACCUCGUCGUUGUCGGGGCCUACUAUGGCAAAGGCAAACGAACCAACUAUUACGGCGCCUUCCUGCUUGCCUGCUACGACGCCGAUUCAGAGGAGUAUCAGACCAUUUGCAAGAUUGGAACCGGGUUUAGUGACGAGGCCUUGCAAACCCACUAUGAGACACUGAAGCCGCUUGAGCAAACCAAACCUAGAGGAGACAUCAAGAUUGGAGGUGCCAAGCCUGACAUUUGGUUUGAGCCGAAGGUAGUCUGGGAAGUGUUAACGGCGGAUCUCAGCUUGUCCCCUAUCUAUACGGCUGCACAAGGAUUGGUGGAAGAACGCGGUAUUUCCCUUCGAUUUCCUCGGUUCAUCCGAGUACGCGACGACAAGGAUGCGGAUGACGCAACGGCGCCGGAACAAAUUGCAGAAAUGUACGAACGACAGAGCCUUGCACAAGCUGGUUCCAAGAAGAAGGGUGGAGACGACGACGGAUUCUGGUGA